GUGAGCCAAUGGCAGCGUAGCUUUAUUCCAAGGCUUUAUUUCCGGAGUGGGCCGUUAUUCACACGAGCGGAGGCUCAAAAAUCGGUGGGACAUGAACAUGUACACAGUUCCAAGCCCGGGAAUACCCGGAUGCCCGCCUGGGCUGGAAUACCUCACUCAGGUGGAUCAGCUGCUCAUCAAACAGAAAGUUGAACUAGUUGAAGCUUUGGUGGGCUUCGAGAGCAACAACAAGUACGAGGUGCGUAACGCCAUGGGCCAGAACGUGUUCUACGCCGUGGAGGAGAACGACUGCCUGAGCCGCCAGUGCUGCGGCCCCAUGCGUCCCUUCGCCAUCCACGUCCUUGACAAUUUUGGACAGGAGGUCAUCACCGUCACCCGCCCCCUCAAAUGCAUGUCCUGCUUCUUCCCUUGCUGUCUCCAAGAGCUGGAAGUGCAGGCCCCCCCGGGCAACACGGUGGGCUACGUGGUACAGCAGUGGCACCCCUUCUCCCCGAAAUUCAUCGUGGCCAAUGAACACUCGGAGCCUGUCCUCAAGAUCCACGGUCCUUUCUGCGGAUGGAGCUGCCUUCCAGAUGUGGACUUUGAGAUUCUGACCAUGGAUGAAGCCAGCAAGAUCGGCAAGAUCAGCAAACAGUGGACGGGUCUCCUUCGGGAAGCCUUCACUGAUUCAGACAACUUUGGCAUCCAGUUCCCCAUGGACCUGGACGUGAGGAUGAAGGCCGUCAUGAUCGGGGCGUGUUUUCUCAUCGAUUUUAUGUUUUUUGAGACGACUAACUAAAGAGUAGGAGAACUCGCUAUCCUGCAACACUGCCGGAAGAAGGAUCAGGGCCAAAAAGCUGCUUCACAACGCCAUGCGACCUUCAUGAAAUCACGUUCAAAUCACCAUCAAAGCUGGAUGGAUGUGGCGGUAGAAUCCUCCUUUUUCACAACUGCAUUCGCAUCCAGUUUGUUGCUGAUCUUAGUUUGAGUCGAUGCAGGAGAUGUUUUGUUAUUGUCUGUGUUCAUGUUUGCUGAGCCAACACAAGCAUCGAUUAUUACUGAAAUACAUUUAAAAAAAAGAUGUUAAGCAUUUGUGUGAUUAAGGCAUAGGCAAUUGAACAAGUGGCUAUAGAGCUAAUACGGCAAAAGGACAUUUGUUUGUGUUUUAUUUGUCUGCACUGCUUCCUGUAUGUGUGCUGCAAGUGAACCAGUGUCAAUUUGAACAGACAUUCAUUGCUUAGUUAAGGAUUUAAAGUGUACGUUUCGGUGUGCUCCACUAGAGGGCGCCAGCUUUUCAUCCAUGAAAAUGAACAAGCCUCCAGUCUGCUUUCUGCCAUGUUUUUAUGAAGAUAGUAGUGUAUGUACAUGUACAGUAUUUUUGGACAAACUCAGGUUGAAAUGCAUGCUACUUGAAUUUAAUGUCAGCCUCUGCUUACUCACAUGUAACUGACUAUGGAUUGUACACACAUUUGACGUCUUUUAUUCGAAAUAUUUCUAUUUUCUAUGUUGAUAAACUCUAUUGGUAUGGUAGCAAAAACUGACUGAAGCAGAUGUUCUCUUCACAUAUGCACUUCUUCCUGUUUUUAUGAUUUAUUUGAUUUUCUUUUAAAUAAUGAGUUGAGUGAAAUAAUAUUUGUUCCUUAUGCAAAACGUUUGUAUGUUUCAGAGAAGAUAUUUAUGUCAAGCGUAUUUUAUCGAUAUUGUGGAUCCAAUUGUUGGUAGAAUAUCAGCUAGAAAUCAGUUUGGCAGGAAUUGUCUCUGUUAAGCUUUGGCCGAUCAUCCCAGGAUGUUUCAUGCGCUGGAAUGUGUUCCUAAAACAGAAGACGCUGCCGCUACGCCAGCUUUCAGCUCCGUGUCACCUGUGAGUAAACCACUCCAAAACUAUCAGGCUUGAAUGUCCAAACUGCAAUCCCCUGUGUACUUUUGCACAACUUGUGAGUACUAACAAUUUCAUGAGAGCAAAUAAACGGACUUAGCUCAUGGAAACAUGAGUAAAAA